UUUUUUUUUGCCGUUUCUAAUUCUCUCACGACUUAUCCAAAGACCAGAUAAUCAAUCUUUUCAACUGAUACACGAUGAAUCAUCCAUACAAUCAAAUAGUUUUAUUCGGAGACUCUAUCACUCAGAUGAGCUUUGACCCUUCUCUUUUUGGCUUUGCUGCAAAUGUAGCAAGUGCAUAUCAACGUAAAAUGGAUGUUUUGAACAGAGGAUUUUCAGGCUAUAAUACCGAUUGGGCUCUUCCUAUCAUUCGUCAAUUGUUACCAACUGUUGAAGAGCAACACAAACAAGCAGCACGUAUCGAAUUGAUGACUAUCUUCUUUGGUGCUAAUGAUGCAGCACUUCCAUUCUCCCCACAACACGUACCGUUAGAUCGAUACAGAACCAAUUUGACAACGAUGAUCAAGAUGAUAAAGGAUUCUGCUUCACCUUUUUAUAAUCCUAAUAUGCGACUUAUUUUGAUUACUCCUCCUCCAGUCAAUGAAUCUCAAUGGAAAAAACGUUGUGAUGAAAAUGGUGAUGAAAUGAGUAGAUCAGCAGAAAUAACUCAAAAAUAUGCAUCUAUGGUUGGACAAGUUGGAGAAGAACAACAAGUAGUAGUAAUAAAUCUUUGGUCAAGAUUAAUGGAAAAAGCUUCGGAAGAUGAAAAGAAUCUUAGUGAUUUUUUGUUUGAUGGAUUACAUCUUAAUUCGAACGGAUAUAAGGUAUUAUUUGAUUUAUUUAUGGAAACAAUUCAAUCAAGAUUCCCAGAAAUUGAUCCAAAUAAUAUUGAAAUGGAAAUACCUGGUUGGAGAGAUCUACCAUUGGAAAAUUAUGAACAAGUACUUCAAUUCCCUCUACUCAAGAAAAUGGAUGCAUAAUUGUCGGUUCUUCUAUCUGGUACGGGAUAAAAACAUUUGAUAUUAAUAAAAACAAACAAAUAAAUGAUUUAUGUCUUUCUGUAUCUAUCCAUUCAUCUUUAUUUUUUUCUUUUUUCAGUACAAUAGACUAGUUUUUUCCCUUUUUUAUUUGUUAUUUUUUAUUUCUUCCCUUGUAAUCGAUCUUUCUCGUUUCCCCCCUUUUUUUAUUAUUAUUAUUAUGUACAUAUUUAUCUAUCUUUCCUCUCUAAAUUUGCCUUCAUUCAAUUCACCACGGGAUAAACACUUGACAAUAGCAAAUCAUUAUGUUGUUCUUCCUCUAUCAAUUUGUUCC